CAUCAACUCCAGCAGACCUUCCUCCUCUCCCAAAUCCCACACCCUCGGCGGCGGCGAUGUCUGGGCGCGGCAAGGGCGGCAAGGGCUUGGGCAAGGGCGGCGCCAAGCGCCACCGGAAAGUCCUGCGCGACAACAUCCAGGGCAUCACCAAGCCGGCCAUCCGGCGCCUGGCUCGCCGCGGCGGCGUGAAGCGCAUCUCGGGGCUCAUCUACGAGGAGACCCGCGGCGUCCUCAAGAUCUUCCUCGAGAACGUCAUCCGCGACGCCGUCACCUACACCGAGCACGCCCGCCGCAAGACCGUCACCGCCAUGGACGUCGUCUACGCGCUCAAGCGCCAGGGACGCACCCUCUACGGCUUCGGAGGCUAGCCGGGUCCGCCUGUGCCUAGAGCUGC